AUAGCAAAUAAACAAAUGUAUUAGAUCAAUUGUCUGUCUUCUUCGUCUGUCCAUACUUCAUUUAACAGUCUGUACCAUCUCAGAUUCUUUGAUUUAUCCGCAGACUUUUUAUUACUUCGUUUGAUUCCCGAGAAGACGUACCAAAAAUGAAGAAUCAGGAUGAUCUCUCCAUUUUCUUACAUUUUCUCAGCAAUCACACAGACGCAGUAAUUUCCAUUUAGUUUAAUUUUAAUUCCUAAACCAUAUAACUCUUUCCCGUGUCUUCUACUUCUCAAGAUUCCAGCCGGCGCUCCUCAACUUUUGGCCUUAUUCUCUUGGAUUCUUAUCAUUAAUCGUAGGGUUUUGUGGGUUUUUAUUUGAGCUUAGCAACUAAAUGAUUCUGUGAUUGAUUGAAUUGAGAAGUCAAGAAAGCGAAAAUGGCCGUUGUGGAUGCCAGAGACGAAGAGGCGCCGUUGGUUGUAGAUAAUUUGCGGCACACAUCCAAGAAUCAUACCAGAGAUAUUCAUAUUCUUAGCUCUGCGUUUUUGCUCGUCUUCCUCGCCUUUGGAGCCGCUCAAAAUCUGGAGACUACAGUCAACACAGAGCAGGGGUUGGGUACAAUUUCGCUGGGGAUAUUGUACCUUUCUUUCACAUUUUUCUCUACGGUUGCGUCUUUGGUGGUUCGGUUUCUGGGGUCAAGGAAUGCUAUGAUUCUUGGGACUACUGGUUACUGGUUCUUCAUUGCUGCAAAUUUGUUGCCCACUUGGUAUACAAUGGUACCAGCUUCUUUGUACCUUGGAUUUGCUGCUUCAAUCAUAUGGGUUGGGCAGGGUACAUACCUCACUUCCUCAGCACGCAGUCAUGCAACAGAUUACCACUUACAAGAAGGAACUGUUAUUGGUAACUUCAAUGGAGAAUUUUGGGGAAUGUUUGCCAGCCAUCAGUUUGUUGGGAAUCUCAUUUCACUUGCUAUUCUGAGGGAUGGAACGGAGGGAAGAACAAGCGGGACAACAUUAUUGUUCAUUGCAUUUCUUUGCAUUGUUACCUUAGGAAUCAUACUAAUGUUCUUCUUAAGUAAAAGGGAUGCGAAAAGAGAGAGACUAGAAGAUUCUUCUGUCAGUAUAUAUCAUUCUCUGAUAUCACUGUCAAAGUCUGUUGUCACUCCUUUGCUUGACAUUCGGAUGAUAUUGGUCAUUCCCCUGAUUGCAUAUUCAGGAUUACAACAAGCAUUUGUAUGGGCUGAAUUCACCAAAGAUAUUGUAACUCCAGCAAUCGGCGUGUCUGGUGUUGGCGGUGCAAUGGCAGUGUAUGGUGCCUUCGAUGCCAUAUGUUCACUCACUGCUGGUCGACUUACAUCUGGUCUUCCAUCAAUAACUUGGAUAGUAUCUGCUGGAGCUUUUCUUCAUGCUAUUGUAUUUCUCUGGAUUCUGCUAAAAUACAGUUUAACCAGUGGAAUACUUGGUGUCACAUAUCCACUUCUCAUGGCAGCCAUGUUGGGCAUUGGUGAUGGGGUAUUAAAUACACAGCUUAGUGCUUUGCUUGGAAUACUUUUCAAGCAUGAUAUGGAAGGAGCAUUUGCACAACUGAAGCUCUGGCAAAGCGCUUCCAUUGCAGUUGUGUUCUUCGUGAACUCGUACAUCUCGUUGCACGCAAUGGUGGUAAUUAUGCUUGCAGCACUGCUUGUUUCAAUUGCUGGAUUCUUAUUUUUGGUUUUCAAGAUAGAGAAAGCUUUCUCCAUGCCAAGUUCAUGAUACUUAGCCAGCACCAUUGUUGGAAGUGAUCAUUGAGUCGUGCACUCUUUUUACCAUACAGCAUCCUGUAAAAUUGAUGCAAUUCCAGACGUAUUUGUAUAAUGCUUCCUUGGACAUUGAAUUACGUUGCAACUUAGUAUUUAUAAGAAUGGUGUUUGAUAUAAUGGCAAAAUUACUCCUUUUGUUA